AUGGAUCGAAACCUCUCCACUGUUUUCCCCAUAUCCCUCCUAAGAACAAUAUGCCUCAUCGGUUCUCUCUCUUGGCUGCAACUGCUCUACGGAGUCGCCUACCUCGUACAUCCAUUCUGGAACACAAGGCGCGAGUUUCCACCUUUCAACAAAGCCAUCAACCGUACAGAAAAAAGCAUUACCAACGCUUUCUUCGGCCCUGUCCCACUCUCAGCCUAUACUUCCGCAACAGAAACAGAGCGCCAGUGGUACCUUUCAUCAGGCAAUGAUACUUUGAACCACGAGAGCAAUAUCCGCAACCCCAACUUGCCAACCACCUCAACCUGGCCACAGCAGGGGCCUCAAUACUCGGAUUCCUCAUCAGAGCAAGAAAGUCCCACGUCACAGCCAGAUACCGAACAUCAUUCCCCCAUCCACGAAACCGUGCGCAAGUUCCGAUCCAGCACACGAAGCAGCAUCUCAAAGAUCGCCAGCUCUGUAAAGGCCAUCUUCCAACAGCCGCUGACCAUUGUCCCACGGACUCUGGACGGUCAGCCUUCCGACGAGGAACGCGCCGAGCCAAACCUGGUUCCAGUUUCAGUAUACACUUCACAGCCUUACUUCGCCCGGCCCGUGUCUUCCCCCGUGCCCAUGUCUGCACCAGCGCGUCUCGCAGAUCACUUCAGUGACCCUGGUCCGUCGACUGGAAUCAAGGCACAGCAGCCCGUCCCGUUUGGGGCGACCAUUAAUGCGGCGGAAGAUUCUGAGAUGGUGCAGAUGAAUCGCACGCGCAAGUAUCACUCUAUUGAGAGUUAUCCUGGAAAAUUCCCUGUUAGCGAUACGUUGGAUUAUAGCUCGCUUGCUACCGCUUAUGCUGUUAGAGGGAAGGGGACUACAUCUGUUCGGCCUUUCUCGGAUUACUAG